AUGCGCGGGGUCAGGGUGCGAUUGCUGCUGCUCUGGUUGAGCUUCACUACGACGUUUGUAUCUCUGGAGGUGAAACGUUGUGGGUCAGAAGACGGACUUGUGCUGAUCGAGAAUAUCACGGCCCGGCAGCCAGACUGGGGAGCAGACACACAGCUGUACACGCCCACUGAACAACAGAUCGAGGAUUGCAAACGCUCGGCUCUGAAGUGUAUGAGCAAAGAGGUGGAGGCUCUGCUGGAGGAGUGGACCAUCAACGAAAGAGACCUCGUGAGGACUUUUCGCACGCUGGCGAAGAAAACCCAAAACCAGAAAGAGAGCUGUGAUCCAUGUGAGAAGUUCACUGUGCAACCAGCGCUGACCUUCCUCCAGUUUCUAACAGACACUUUGCAAAAGAUCAACACACUUUGCAAAAGUAGAGGACGAUAG